CGAGUCAGCUUCAGGUAGCUCCUUAUAAAGAGAGAGACUCAACUCUGCCCCUCUAGCACUGUAACUAGGGCCAAGGAUCACACAGGGGGGCUGUGCUAUGCACACUCCCGUACAUGCACUCCUCUCUUAAAGUAGUCAACCAGUCUCUGGUUUUCAGUCCUACGAAUGAUCCGAUGAUGGGGAUCCUUGGCAAUGGCACCGUGCUCCCGAACGGGAGCGAUCCUUUCGGUAGAAACGAAGAGGUCGCAAAAAUAGAGAUAACGGUCCUGAGCAUCACCUUUGUGGUGGCCGUGAUUGGGAACGUCAGUGUCUUGCUGGCCAUGUACAACACUAAGAAAAAGACGUCGAGAAUGCACCUCUUCAUCCGGCACCUUAGUAUUGCUGACCUAGUGGUCGCCUUCUUUCAGGUCCUGCCGCAGAUAUGCUGGGAGAUCACCUUUCGCUUCUACGGACCAGAUUUCCUGUGCAGGAUAGUGAAGCACCUCCAGGUGAUGGGCAUGUUCGCCUCCACCUACAUGAUGGUGAUGAUGACCCUGGACCGUUACAUCGCCAUCUGCCACCCUCUGAAAACCCUCCAGCAGCCCACCCAGCGGUCUUACAUCAUGAUCAUUAGCACCUGGAUGAGUAGUCUGGUCCUCAGCAUGCCGCAGUACUUUAUAUUCUCCCUGAGUGAGAUCAAGAACGGCUCGGAGGUCUACGACUGCUGGGGCCACUUCAUAGAACCGUGGGGCGUAAAAGCAUACAUUACUUGGAUAACCGUUGGCAUCUUCCUCAUCCCCGUGUUCAUUCUGAUGAUAUUCUACGGGUUCAUCUGCCACAGCAUAUGGAAAAAUAUCAAGUAUAAGACAAAGAAGACACCCGUGGGAGGUGCGUCUAAAAACGGUCUAAUGGGCAAGAACGCCGUUAGCAGCGUCACCACUAUAUCCAGAGCGAAGUUGAGAACGGUCAAAAUGACUUUUGUGAUUGUUCUGGCGUACAUUAUUUGCUGGUCACCUUUCUUCAUCGUACAGAUGUGGUCGGUUUGGGAUGAGAACUUCGCAUGGGAUGAUUCUGAGAACACGGCUGUCUCACUGUCCGCGCUCCUCGCGAGUCUUAACAGCUGCUGUAACCCGUGGAUAUACAUGAUCUUCAGCGGGCAUCUCCUACACGACUUCACUCACUGUUUCCCGUGCUGUAAUAACUUACGCCACAAGUUCAAGAAAGAGGACUCUGACAGCAGUCUCCGGAGAAAUACGCUAUUGAGUAAAAUGACCAACCGGAGCCCAACAUGCAGUUCGGGCACAUGGAAAGACCCUGACAACUCGACCAAGUCUUCCGUUCCAUCUAUCCAAACGGAGACCUAACCCAGCGCGUUAAAAGCACAAACACACGACAGAGAUGAAUUAUAUUGAACUCUUAUUGACUUGACAAUUGUACAACUUUCAAGGUACCACUUAAAACUGUUGAGAUAUUGACACUGAUUGAUUAUUUCAUGUGUCUCUAAAAUAUAUUUGUGAUUAUGAAGUGGUUUUGGGGUUUAUUGUCUGGUAUGCCAGUCUUGGCAACGUCAAAGUGAAAAACUAUUUAUUCUGGUAUAAACCAUUAUUAUGUAUGUGUGCCAUAUACAGUCCAGUGUUUCAUCAGGUUCCAAACCUGAUUCUCUGGAGUCUACUAUUGUUAAUAAUGACUGAAAUAGGCUACAUCAGAUCUGAAUUUGAAAAUGUAUAGUGGAAAAGAAACAGGUCAUCGGAACAUAUUUAAAUACCAACAGCCACAGCUAUAUCACAUGAGUUCUUUUUCUUUUUCACGUCCUAUAACAUUCCACAUUCCAGUCCUCUUUUCUAUUUAUUCUGAGUUGACAUGAUCCAGCCUAGGGAUUUCUACAGCAAAACCCAGACCACUUCGGAUGACAAAUUACAGAUCCAUGACCAAGAUGCAUGAUCUAGAUGAUCACAGUCAUGCUAUUAAAAGUAAAUGCACUUUUUUUUUGAUAACAGUUAGCCUGCUGUUUGUUUGUGUGUGUGACUAUGUGUUGGCCCUAUAUGCCCAGUGAGCCUAUAUCUCAGUGUGAAAUUAAAUACAUUUGGCCCUGACUGUUUACAAAGUAACAGAGGUGCCUGUCUGCCGGCCUGGUUGACUUCUACACAGACCCCCCAUGGUGUGUUGUGGUCAGAAUGGCUCUUCCAUUAGCCACGUCUUCUAGUAACCAAGAGGAUCAGCUCUUUUAGGUGUCUGAACUUAUUUUGUCCCGUGUCUCCCAACUACUGUUUUGCAUCCUGUUUUGCAUCCUUGCAUCCUUGUUUUUCAAGCCUGAACCAAAGAUGAAUGGAUUCUGGAUAAAAGCUGCAUGUGUGCUGAAAUCAGGAUCUCAAUUCUACCUCACAUUGGACCAUUUUCCAUCCUUUUCUUCAGUGACUAUUUCCCAAAACAAUUCCAUAGAGCCUCGUAGCUCAUAAAUCGAUGAGAAAUGGUUUCUUCUGCAUUUAGAACCCUUAAAAAAUGACCUUAAUCUAAAUGUCCAUUGGGACAUCAUCAUUAGUCAUCUAGUUUAUACAGUUCACCAAUGUCGUUAAGGCCGUCAUUGUAGGUCGUCAUUGUAAAUAAAAAUGUGUUCUUACCUGACUUGCCUAGUUAAAUAAAGGUUAAAUAUAUAUAUAUAUAUAUUUAUAUAUAUAUUUUUUUAAAUAACCCCUAGUUAAAUCACUGGCCUCCGUGGCUGGAGCAUCUGUGGACAAUGUUGAGAGACCAGAUGUGACUGUCUCCCUCAGCUUGAGAAUAACUAACUGGUUGUGCCAUGUACUAUGUAUGCAUUAACCUCAUCCCCAUGGUAUUUUCCUACAGAGAGAGAAUUGUCUGGUGGAUGAGAUGAACUGUGUAUGAAUGUAUGUUUAGGGGGUGAAGUGAGUGAAAUAGUAGGGGCCGUUUGAGAAGAAAUAGAGCCUACUGUUCUGUAUAAGCCAUACUGUGUAUAUAUAUAGAUGUGUGUGUGUGUGUGUCACAGCUCCUCCCAUAUCCUCCACAUCAGGUGGCAGGUAGCCUAGUGGCUAGAGUGUUCGACUAGUAACCGAAAGGUUGCAAGAUUGAAUCCCUGAGCCGACAAGAUAAAAAAAACGUUGUUCUGCCCCUGAACAAGGCAAUUAACCCACUGUUCCUAGGCUGUCAUUGAAAAUAAGAAUUAGUUCUUAACUGACUUGCCUAGUUAAAUAAAGGUAGAAAAAUAAAUCUGCAACAUUUGAAAAAAUACACCUUCCACAACAUGGGCUACUGGUUAAAAACUCACACAGACAUGCUUUUGGACACAGCCCACAUUGUAACACACUACACAAUUUGCUGUACUUUUCAUGCCAAUGUAUUCUAUAGGAUGUGACUGACAUUUCAUUGCCAGACCAAAUAAGAAUGUACUAAAAGGAAAAUACUGACAUAAAAUAUAAAAUCUCAAGUAAAGGUUUUCCUGUUUGUAUAUACAGAAUGUACUAUACAACUGGAAUGUAUGUUUCUAUUGAACAUGUGUUUUGCCAGUGCUGAAGUUAUCUAUAUGAAUAAUUUAUGUAAAGGUGUGUAAUGUGACUUUGUAUCUAUUUACUCUUGCUUGUACAAAUUGUAAAGACAAUACAUAUCGCCGAAAAUAUAAAGUAAAUAUUCUAUACAAAAUAAGUAAUGUCUCUGUCUCUUUUUAAAAUAAGUAGCAAAGGAGACACUUUUUGUAUACUCAGGAGAAGGGGAACACUGAUGUGUCUGAAAUGCCACCCUAUUCCCUAUAGUGGACUGCUUUUGACCAGGGCCCAUAGGGCUCAAAAUUAGGUCUAAAGUAGGCUAGUGUCCUAUAUAAGGAAAAUAGUUAGUGGUUUGCGGGUCAGCUGUUUGUUCACCCGCACCCCAACCACCCGACUAUAUGUGAUAAAGUGAAAAUCUGAGGCUCGCACCCGAACCGAACCCUGAAAUAUAGACAAUGUGCUAUACAGUCAGAGAUGGCAGAAUUAUUUUUUUGACGGGGCCUUUUAGAUAGGCCUAUGUUUCUGCUUAAUCAACAAGUCUAUAAUACAGUAGGCCUAUGCAGCUGUGAAAACUACCCAACAUCUUUCGGCUUGGAGGCAUGUUUUACUCUAUGUGGUUGAAACAGGCUACUGUCAGCUUUUAUGUUGUAGAACCAUUACAGACUGUAAGCAUUAA